AUUGGUGCUAUUCCUUUUUCAGAUGAAGUAGACUACAGCAAUUUUGGGACCAACACACUAUCAAGAAAGAAGAAGGCUCUGGUGACUCUCCGCAAUGACAAUCUCCGCCGGCGUCCUCACAUUAACAUCAGCAUGCCUCAUGAUUUUAGACCAGUGUCAUCCAUAAUCGAUGUGGACAUUCUUCCUGAAACACACAGGAGGGUGAGGCUGUAUCGACAUGGGUGUGAGAAACCCUUAGGAUUUUACAUUCGUGAUGGCACCAGCGUAAGGGUUACUCCUCAUGGACUAGAAAAGGUACCUGGUAUCUUCAUCUCUCGUAUGGUUCCUGGAGGCUUAGCAGAGAGCACUGGCUUGCUGGCUGUGAAUGAUGAAGUCCUGGAAGUUAACGGCAUUGAAGUAGCAGGAAAGACUCUCGAUCAAGUCACAGACAUGAUGAUUGCCAACAGCCAUAAUCUUAUUAUCACGGUCAAGCCAGCAAACCAGAGGAACAAUAUAAUUCGGAGCAGUAGGAUGUCUGGUAGCUCUGGCCAGUCUACAGACAGCACUGCGAGCCACCACAGCUUGCCUGCAUCCCACGUGCUGCAGAACUUCCACCCUGAUGAAAUGGAGAGUGAUGAAGAGGCUGACAUUGUCAUCGAGGGUGGUUUGGAGCCACAGCACAUUCCUAAACUGCACAGCCUUACUUCCAGUAGCCUCUCUCGAAUCAACGGCAGCAGCCUUAGCCACAGACUUCAAAGGGACCUGGUGUUCAACAACAACUCUGGCCGAGAAAGCAAUGGCAACAUCCAUAAAUUACUCAGUUCCUUAAAAACUGAUCCCCGACACAGUCUGGUUAUCCCCAGAGGAGGUAUUGAGGAGGAUGGAACAGUCAUUACACUUUAGUAGCAAUUCUGCAAGCUCUCCUUUCAGUCUUAAGUGCCGAUUGGGACAAUUGACUGUUGCAGCAACGUUAUGCACUAAACAGAGUUGGUAUUCUCAUAGACCUCACGAGUGCAGAAGAUUGUUGCUUUCUAGGAAAUGUGGCAUCUGGAGUUAGACAUAAAACUGUCAUGCACUGCAAAAUUUGUCAGGAGAAAGCCAGAGUGUAAAACCUGGUUUAUGUCCCAGCCCUAAAGUGAGAACACAUACUUGGUUUAGUUGGUGUAAAUCUAAGCAAUCUUACAGGCUACCAAUGGCAGUGCUACAUAUGUGGGCUUGAAUGCAUGGGUGGAUGUAUUUAUACAUGCAUGUAUAUGAGUUAGAUUUUAAUAGUAACAGAUAUGUCUAUUUGAAGUGGAACCUGGUUUUCUUCUAAUACCAGUUUAAAGAGAGACCUCCUUAAUAGCCAUCCCAUCUUCUACCGUUACUUACAGACCUUCCACUAACUUGUUUACACCAUAUUUGCAACCUUAUGUCUAAUCCAGACAAGCUCUUUAAACAUACCGGUUUCCUAUUCUGGUGGUAAUAACGUUAGGGAGAUGCUGCAAAUACAUUUUCCAGAUGAAACUAUAUAUAUGUAUUUUUAAAGCGUAGGGAGGGGAUGUUGGAGGAUGUUGCUGUUACUGCUGUGGAUGCAGCACCACCUGCUGUUCAGAAGCAGCCCUGCGUGCAAGAAAAACACGGCAGUAAGGGCAUAAAAGUAGGGUUCAGGCACCAUUAUGUGUAAAUGUAUUCUUUAUCGAUAUUUAUUAGAUAAUACCUCUUUUUUUUUUUUUCCCCAUCAUCUCUCUUUUUUUCAGUAUCAUGGUUCAUGUGAGAUUUAAGGCUGCAAGAGAUUAGGUGACACAAGUGGCAGAGUGUGCUAGGACUGUCCCCUUCACCUCAGAGCUGACAAGUCCUCGCUGUGCUUUUGGGGAGACCUAAACCGCAAGGUCUUUCCUCUAGAAAAGGUUGGCUAAUUGCUCUACAAAGGAGGGAUGCUGACUGGCUGCCAAAACCUAACUUAGAAUACUUCUGUUAUUUUUGGACUCUUCUAGUAAUAAAGCUUAAUGUCUGCACAGGAUUUCUGGAAACUUAAAAUAUACUGGAUGUUUGCGAUGGUCAGACAUGCUUACUGGAUGCUGGCUGGUGGGUAGCCAGUGACUGAUGAGUCGAUUAACUGUCUGCUUCUGAAAAUGCCAUGAAUUGAUCAAAGUGGUCUAAUCUAAAAUAUUUUGUUAUAUCUUGGAUCAGUGUAAGGAACAAAAUAUAAAUGUUUCACAGUGUAUUUUUCUACUUUUAGCUUGUGUCAUUUGCUUUUUGUUUUUAACUUUGUAGUACAUUAAAGCUUUUUUAUAUGGUGGAA